CGUGACGUGUCGAUUUGUUUAAAGUUAGACUUUUGCGAAACGCUUGCGAUUUCUAAAUCUGCUUACAUUAUCAGAAUACUCGAUAAGCAUUUUAUCGCCAUAAUAUCCACGUAGCUUACAUUUAUAGGUAAAUCAAUUAACCUCGCUUUAAGCACGGUUUAACUCAGAGGUGUGAAUGAUGUUGCGUUAUCUAAUUUUUACUGCUUUCCUGCAUUGUUGCAUUUCGCAACAAUAUCAGCAAAAGGUUGCUCCUGGGGUCCCCCCUCAGAACUAUCAGAAUUAUCAACAACCACCACCCCCGCCACCACCUCAAGGUCAUCAGCAGGUCCCUCAGCAGCAAUACCAGCAGCAGCAGUACCAGCCCCCACCACCGCAGCAGCAACAGUACCAGCAGCCGCCUCCGCCACAACAGCAGUACCAGCAGAAUCCGCAGCAGGGGCAGAUCAAAGUGCAGCAUGACCACCACGGUGAGCCACAACUGCUGAACGCUGCCAACAUUCAGCAUGAAAGAGAACAUAUCCAAGAGCACAUGGACGUGCCCAUCGACACGUCCAAGAUGUCCGAGCAGGAGCUGCAGUUCCACUACUUCAAGAUGCACGACGCCGACAACAACAAUAAGUUGGAUGGCUGUGAGCUGAUCAAGAGCCUUAUACAUUGGCAUGAACAGGGACACAAGCAACAACCCCAGCCAGGGUCACCACCGGCCGGCGAAAAGAUCUUCGGAGACGAUGAACUGGUCAAUUUAAUAGACCCCAUACUAAACAUGGAUGACCAUAAUAGGGAUGGGUAUAUAGAUUAUCCUGAAUUCAUUAGGGCGCAACAGAAGAGUCAGAAUAAGGAGGGGCAAUAGUAUUAGACAUUGCUUUUGACGAUUUUAGGGUGUUUUUCCUCGUUUGAGCAGGAAUUUAAAAAAUAAAGAGAUAUCAAUAUAUAAUUACAGAGAUGCAGUGCCAGUUAACGAGGUUUUAGACUCAUAGUUCGUUUAAACUAAGUUUGUUUGGUAAGCGACACAGUGUGGCAGCCCUCGCUUCUAAAUCGGUUCAAAUAGAUCGGGCCCUGUUUUUAUAGCUUAUUUGACCGUAACGCUUGUCUUCGAAACCCCUUGUUACGAAGCAUAAGGCUCCUUUAGGUAUAGAACGCCACAUUCACUUAAUCAAAGGUCACAAAAUACAUGUAGUUGAAACCUCGCUAAGGUGCAUAACUUACUAAGGAGAUUGCUAUUCAAAUUUUUAUGUCUUUGGUAGCUGCUAUCAUUAUGAAAUGCUCAAAUGGGGAUACGACUUAAAGAACAUGGUCAGUUAUCGGUAUCGAUCAGUUUUAGGUUAGAAAUCUCAAAACAUAAAUACAUUACAUCCAAGUAUACUGCCUGAGCGUAAUAACAUUAACAACCACAGUGUUUGCCGAACGUUAAUUAGAAUUGACCAUUAACCCUUACAAAUUGAACCGUAAACUGUAACGGACGGUUACAGUUUACGGUUCAAUUUGUAAUGGUUAUCGGUCAAUUCUAAUUAACUUUCGGCCAAUACCGAAUAACCGUAUAUAGUCGAAAAAUUGGAACCGGUUCCGCCGUGACAGCGUGGCCUAAAAUGAACGUCGGUUCGAAACCGGCCUUCACCACUUUUUCUUCAAUAUACUUAUGGAUAUGACAUCUGUUUUAGUUAUGUAACACUUAUGUGAUAUUCGAAAAAUCUUAUGAAUUGUUCUUUCAUACUAAAAUAUAAGUUUGAAUCCGUUUCCCUAUACAGGCUGUUUAUUUAAUCACCUGCAAUAAUUUAAAUUAUUAAUGCAGGUGACUAAAUAAACAGCCUGUAUAACAUACGGCUUAUAUAUUUGGUGGCAUAUGUGUCUAAUGAAAAAGGAGGAAAUAUGUAGAAUAAUAUUACAAUGACCGCAGAAUAAAACACGAUCAGACACAACGUAUUUUUUAGGAUUCAAAUUUAAGACAAAAGCAAGUUAUGAUUGUCAUACGUUAAAUUUUUAGUAUUGUACUCUUUGGUAAUAGCUAUUAGGUUGUAUGUACUUUAUUUUUAUUAGAGAUACACAUAUUAAAUAUAUGUGUAAAAAUAAGCGACUUUAUUACUGAUUGAAACUGAGUAGCAGAAAGUAGAAUAUGAUAAACGUUAAAACAAAUUUCACUAUAUAUGGCGGCGUUCAGAAAGUUAAGUUUUUUUUCAUCAAUAACGUAAAUGUCUCAGUUCUGGACAACGGGUGGCAAACGUGCUGUCAAUUGUCUAUUAUUAUAUAGACUGAUUAGUCUGUCAAACAAUAGGACGUUUACCUUAUGUUUUGAUUAAAACAAGACGAAUGUGGUCGACCAUUGGAAACUUUUUAAAUUUUAGAACUAUUCAUUCUACUUUCUGGGAACAAUGACCUUCGUUUUGGAAGUAUACAGCAUGGCACCAUUUUAUAAAGCUGUGAAUUUAUAUGCCAAUUGCAUAAAUUUUCAGUUUACAUUAGUAACUUGUGAUUUUAUAAGUAAAACUGACACGUAAGGAUCCACAUGUUUAGUAAAAAUCGUACCUAAAAACAGAUGUAUAAAAAGAGUUUGUUUGUAUAUAAUUGCUUGUAACACUCUUUAUAUUCCAAAUCGUGCCAAAUCUGAACGAACAAGACGUUAUAAAUAAAUAAAUAAAUACUUGUGGAUCUUAUUAUAUUUAAUUAACGAAAUCCAGAUACCGUACCUCUAAUUUUUAUAUUUUGGUAAUAAUAGGAUUAUUUUUAAAAUCCGAAGUUCUUCUAAACGUUCUUAACACCACCAAAGUAUAGUGAUUUUUACCGUCCUCCAGUACCCUCACCAUGAGCUUUAUGCGGCCUUAAACGCUAGAGACUACGUCAACUGAAGCGCAAUGCAUCUCGCUAGCAUAGCUUGCACCAAUGUCAGUACGACUGAGAUGUAUUGUGAGUUAAUUAAUUCAUUCUUUCUUUUAAAAUUAUGGCUUCAGUCCAGUAGGACUAUUUCGCCAGUAUCAAGGUAUUAGGAGCUUUAAAUACGACUGAAAUUGUACGUUUAGUACAAGACAGUGCAAGGUGAUUUUAUCAGCUCUUGUAAAGUGGUAGCUGGACUUUACAAGUAGCACGUGGACUAUCGACCGUUGAAUCCAAAAUGGCGGUUAAACGCGUUUCAAGAUUAAUUCUCCAUUCACUGCACACUACCACAUUAGUUACUCAUCAUCAUCAUCAGUUGCUAGCGAAUAUGUCAAACUCGUGGUAAGGAUACAGGACAGCAGUAAUUACUUUACUUGGAGCUAUUACUAUACUAGCUAUUACUUAUAUGUUUCGUAAUGUAAGUGUAUAUAUUGAUAGAUGUGACUGUACACUUAAAGUGUCUAAUUCGAAUGAUCCUUCCAAUUGGUUGUUUUUGUAUAUUUUGAUUUAAACUUUCACGACGUUUACACAUUUAAAUUAUGGAAACAGGACUUAAUCGCGCCAUUAGUAUAUGUAAGUGGAAACGAAUAUCGUCAGUCGCAGUCUAGUGCGCAAAACGUUCAAGUUAAUAAACAAGACCAAGUGCGGGUAGUUCGAAAAACUCGCGCGGCCAAAAUAUGUUGAUGUCAACUUUAGCCAGUCUUCUCCGAGACCACGGGGACAACGCCGUCCUCGCAACAUUGGAAUUUCAAAACUUUAUACGUGAUUAAGUCCCGUUUAUAUAAUUUAAUGAUUUGUAUAUUUUGUUAUGUUAUUCAUUCUUUAGUUUUUUAACAGUCAGUGACAUGUCUUGAGUAGCAUUAUAGGAACUGUCCGCUUUUUUUAAUAGAUUAUCUGCUGAUCGAUAUUUUGGAAUUGUUCUAUAAAUCGGUUUCCGAUUUUAUUCCUUUUGAAAAUUGAUUCGUUCAAUCGACUCGACAUGCAUUAUUUUUUACUUUAUUUGUCGACUAUCGGUUAAUCGAUUAUUCCGAUGUUCAAAAUUGUUCGAUUAGCGUUUUUUUUUUUCUAUAUAAAAAUUGAUUAAUCGAUUUUUUAUCGAAAAUUUUAAAACAAACACUGACCGUCAGAAAACUAAAUUAGCCAUGUGGGUGCUUUUUGAUCUUCUAUAAAUCUCUAUGCUUAGUAAAAAACAAUUACGUAAUAUUUCUGUUCCGUUUCUAAGCUACGGGUACCGCUUCCUAAACACACAGACUGUACAGUGUUUACUUUCAUUAUGAUAUAUAAAUACAUUUUUUUAAAUCACUUCCUUCCAAUACAUUUUUUUAUUGUUUAUUACUAAGCGUGUAUAUCUUCUAUCUUCACUAUUUUAUUGAUAGAGUUAAGUAAGUACUUAAUACUACUUAAAUUAAAUAAAUUAUCUGUUCUAUAUUUUUAAGAAAUCAUAGAAAUACACAUAAUUUAAUGUCUAUUGCAAAUCCCAAUCAACGAAUAUAAGUCAGACUCGGGUAUUUCAAUUCGUUUUUGAUAAUUUACAGUGUACAAAAUAUAUACUUAAUCCUGUAGUAAAUAUACAACUGUACCGGAUUAAUUAGAACUUAUUAAUUGUCUAAUUGUACAAAUAUAACGAGUGAGAUAUCGUAGAGUUUGACUACCUAGUUGAUUGAACUUCAGGGUACAUUUAUGGCUUUCCAUCUGAGAAGGGUCCUUAUGUUAAGCUUCAUGUGCAGAAGGACUCGUCUCUGAUGGAAACUACAUUUAAUUAUGUAAGCUCUACUCGAAAUAUUCCGAAUGAAACUCAGCAUUUCCUUGCUUUCUCAAAUAUACUAUUUUUUAUUACUUUUGUCGUUAUUUUAAGUGAUGGAUUUUAAAUAUACAACAUUGAAACGUUA